CAUAUAUUUACGUUAAGGCUUAUGUCGCAGUGCGAAAAUGGAACAGAACGCGAAUCCGCCCAGUAAAUGUUCUGCUUAAAAGGAAGCUUGAAAGCAAGGUUGCUUACACGACUUUCUGCUUAACAGUUUUCGUUGGUGUCUCGGGUGUGCAGAUCAUCGCAUAUCUCUUUGAGGGAGCUUUUUCUUUUUUCCUCCAAAUGUCUACUGUACGAUGGGUAGAAACAAUAUUUCAGUUAAACCCUCUGUUCAACCCUGCGUUGUACUGGUAUAGAAACCGCCGCUAAAGAGAAGCUUCAUUGGAGCUGGUCCGGUGUAAAAUAAGUGAAUGUAUAAUUGAGGAUAGGUCCGACUGCCGCUGUUACAGCCUGACCAGGCGAUAACAGUCGGAAGCUGAAUUUGCCUAACAACAUGGCGAUCAUGCUGUAUAACGUGCCACUGAAGGUGCUGAAAGAUUCGGAGACAGUUUUCAACAUGCUGUACGCCCAGUAGGUGAAGCACAUCAAACUCACAAAGAAGACGAAGGCGAAACCAGAAAUGUCCCCUCGAAUUCUUUCUAGCGUAGAGAAAAAUAUUAUUUAACUCUUGUUAAACUUAAAAAACUUUAAGAACUGGACUGUGGGAAUGAGAACAAUUAGACAUGAAAAGUAAGCUAUGUAGUCAUCGUAGAAGGCCAUCGUCAGAAAACCGUAAAAAGUAUCUGGAUUUUCUCGAAUUGCUUCGAUAGCGCUGUUAAGGUGGCUCUCAUGAACAGCAUAUAAAGCUAUGGUUGCCAGAGAGAACAGAAUUAGUAAAUAUCAGUGAGGUUUCAGUGAGACGUAAAAUAGCUCCAGCGAUCUCGGUAGAUAAGGCAUCCCACUCUACAGAUAAGGUGUCCCACGAAAAUGACAAAAAAUAUGGCUAUAGUGGGGUAAAAUAACGAUACAAACGGAGCAAAUGCAUGUCGACACGAGGAAAGCACCGCUAAAAGACGAAACUUCAAUCGAAAAUAUCACUGCCGAUAGAAUGUUUACGUUAGCGUUGUUGAUUGAAAACUCAAGAAAAACUACUCUUGUGAGGCCAUCAAUCCAGCCAUGGGCUUUAAGCGAAUUUGUGAGCUCCAUCGUGCCUUGCCAAUCAGUCUCUAGGUAUGCUAGGUCCCUAGGUAUGCUAAAAUUCUCGUAAACUGUAGGAAGAAUUUUGUGGACGUUAGAGCCGGAACCUGGGGACGAAUUAUUGACGAAGUUUUGCGAAAAGCAGGAAAUAUUACUUUACUUGCAAGCCAGUCCGAGGAUGUCCGCACUAAAUGACUCCUGCUUGUGCUCGGGAACCUGUUCUCUUGAUUUGGCAGACUAUAUGGUUGCACACCGGGUUGCAGCUCUGCGUCUUGUGGGAAUCAACAUAUGUACGAGUAUUCUGGGCUCACUGGGUAACUUGUUGGUGUGCAUAGCAGUGUUUUCAACUAAAGGCGUGACCUCAAGCUUCCAUUACUUCAUUUCAAGUUUGGCUGCUGCGGAUCUUGUCAUUGCUCUUGUGGUUCAGCCGCUUUUAAUCGCCUUGAUUAUCGCUCAGAUAAAAAUCCAAUGUCUCCCGGACGGCGCGUGUUUAGUCUUUCGCGUAGUUAGCAACUUUGCUGGUGCUGUCUCGUUACUAACAUUGGCGUUGAUUGGGCUUGAUCGCACUUUGAUCGUCUCCCCACAUCUUGACUACAAGAAUACAAUGACAGCAAGAAAGAAAAUCGUUCUGGCCGUUGUCUGGGCGUUAGCCUGUGCGUGUUCUGCCAUAAGGCUAACCAUCGAGAAAGAGAUAACAUCGUACCUAACCGCCGCUGUGUUUGGGUUGUGCUACGUGGAAAUGAUCGUGUGUUAUGCAGUUGUUUAUUAUCGAAUCUCCAAACGGCGUAAACGACCAGCUGCGAUGCGUGCAAGAACUGAACUAAGGGGAACACGACAUGAGGCGGCAGAAGUACAGCUUCUCAAGACUGAAAACAUCGCUAAAGAGAGACGUUUUGCCCGCACUAUCGUCAUGGUACUAGUUGUUUUUACGGGUGGAUGGAGUUAUCUCUUUUAUCUGCGAUUGACGCAACCGGAAAAGAACUACGGAAUCAGGUAUGAUGUGGCUCGUACUGUGGCGUUUUCUGCGUCUGCUAUCAACCCCGCUCUUUACUGCUUCAAUAAUAAAGAAUAUCGACGUGCAUUCAAGAGGAUUUUGUCAAGUUUCCCUUUUGGAUGGCGCCGCGAGGAAUAUGAAAGAAUCUUGUGAUCAGCCAGUUUAAGGUAUAAUGAAAUGCCAUUCCGGAAGUGAAAGUGAAACUGUGGAUGGAAUAGAAAUCAACGCAGAUAAACAGAUUUUGCCAGAAUGAGAUUGCGUGACGUUAAACAGCGAAAGAAACUCUUUUUUUGAUCAAGGGUAGUUUUAAGCCAGAGACCCUCGAUCAUUGGACGUUUAAGUAGAUUAUUUUAUUAAUAUCUAAGCACCGUAAAAUAUUCUUAGCCGAUAGACCCGGAGUAUUUGAAGUAAUUUUAAAAGACAUUUCUGUAGCAGCUUUAAAAGAUUGCCUCGGGAUAACAUUCAACUACAGUACAACAUGGCCGACGCUUUCGGCAAGGCAGCAACAGGCGAAGUAUUCUCGCACUCCAAAGAGGUAGAGAACGAAUUUAUGUAAUAAGCAGCUAUAAGUCAGCUUUGCCAGAAAAAAACGAUGUGAGGCGAUUAGAGUUUGCAAGACAUGCUUGGAAAGAAAAGUCUGCCAUAGUCAUUUACAUAACAGUGUGGAAUUUGAAAAGUAUAACCUUAAAUACACAUGUCACAGAUACGGGUCAGAUUUGUUGUAAUAACCUGCAUAAUUACAGUAAAGAUUUGUGUAUCUAGCUGUGAGCUACUGAAGCUCGUACUGAAUUAUGUAAU